AUGAGUGGGAACAGCCCCAUGCCCAGCCUGGGCUUGGGAUCCUCCCCAACUGCCGGCCGCUUGCUUCAUACACUACUACAGCCUUCGGGAUGCCCCCGCAUCGGGUUUGUGUCUGAGGAAGACGCCCCCUCAUCGGGGUUUGUGUCUGAGGAAGACGCCCCCUCAUCGGGGUUUGUGUCUGAGGAAGACGCCCCCUCAUCGGGGUUUGUGUCUGAGGAAGACGCCCCCUCAUCGGGGUUUGUGUCUGAGGAAGACGCCCCCUCAUCGGGGUUUGUGUCUGAGGAAGACGCCCCCUCAUCGGGGUUUGUGUCUGAGGAAGACGCCCCCUCAUCGGGGUUUGUGUCUGAGGAAGACGCCCCCUCACCGGCCAGGCGGCCGCCCUGCAGAGGGCGCUGGACCGGCGCCGCCCCUGCCCUGUGUGGCCCCGGCUCUGGGCACCGCUCCAGUGCUUCCCGAGCCCAAGGCCUGCAGUGUCGGACCCGGAUCCUCCUCAGCCACAGGGUUCGGCUCAGACUGAAAGUCCCGACGGGGAGUGAGAGCCACGGACCCCGACCUCCCGCAGCCGGUCCGGCGUCUACGGGUCGUGGCCCAGGGGGUCACUGUGCACUUGGCGCUGCAGCCUUCCCCGUGGCAGGACAGAAACCGGCCAUGACGCGCUCAGGGACGGCCUUCAGCUCCAGGCCUGUGGCGACAGGGGCGUCCUCGUGGGGCCCAGAGUGUGUCCCGAGCCCGUGGGCCGCCCCCGAGCUGCUCUCGGUCCUGGAUCCAUCAGACAUCAGGACUGCAGACCUGUGUGCACGUCCCGUCGGAGUCACUGCAGGUGCUCGGGUAACUCCAGCCACAUGAAUGCUAUUGCUCCUUUUAAAGGCUCUACUAAGCUCUAUUUUAUUU